CCCCCGCCCUGGUGGUAGUGAGAGCGGGGGCGCGGAGGGGACAGCCGCCGACAGGAGCAGUGCCUGAAGCAGGUCCACCAUGCCGUUAGUAACGAGGAACAUUGAGCCAAGGCACCUGUGCCGUCAGACGUUGCCUAGCGUUCCGAGCGAGCUGGAAUGCGUGACCAACAUCACCCUGGCAAAUGUCAUUCGACAGCUGGGCAGCCUGAGUAAAUCUGCAGAAGACAUAUUUGGAGAGUUGUUUACUCAAGCCAACACCUUUGCCUCUCGGGUGAAUAUUCUGGUGGAGAGAGUUGACCGCUUGCAAGUCAAAGUCACUCAGCUGGAUCCCAAAGAGGAGGAAGUCUCCUUGCAAGGCAUUAACACCAGGAAGGCCUUCAAAAGCUCCACCACUCAGGACCAGAAGCUCUUUGACAGAGAUUCUCUCCCUGUGCCUGUCCUCGAAACCUACAGGAGCUGCAAUACCCCUCCACCUCUCAACAUCCUCUCACCUUACAGGGACGAUGGCAAAGAGGCACUUAAAUUCUACACAGAUCCUUCAUAUUUCUUCGACCUUUGGAGGGAGAAAAUGCUUCAGGACACCAAGGAUAUCAUGAAGGAAAAGCGGAAACACAGGAAAGAGAAAAAGGAGAAUCCGAACCGAGGAAAUGUGAAUCCACGGAAGAUCAAAACCCGGAAAGAGGAGUGGGAGAAGCUGAAAAUGGGGCAGGAAUUUGUGGAGUCGAAGGACAAGCAGGGUCCUGCUGGGUUCGCCCCGGCUGCGGUGUACCAGAACGGCAGCAUCGGCUCCAGCGAGAGCGUGGACGGCAGCUGCUUGCCGCCCCCCGGGCAGCCCGAGCCCCCGGUGCCAGCGCCGCCCUCGCUCCCCGACGACAGCCUGCCGCCGCCCCCGCUGGAGUUCAGCUAUCCUGUAGACAACCAAAGAGGUUCUGGUUCUGGAGGGCCCAAACGAUCCAGCCUGGUUAGCCCGAGCCACCCACCACCAGCUCCUCCCAUCGGAUCCCCCUCGGCAGCCAGGCCCCCCCCCCCCCCCCCCCCCCCCCCCCCCCCCCCCCCCCCCCCCCCCCCCCCCCCCCCCCCCCCCCCCCCCCCCCCCCCCCCCCCCCCCCCCCCCCCCCCCCCCCCCCCCCCCCCCCCCCCCCCCCCCCCCCCCCCCCCCCCCCCCCCCCCCCCCCCCCCCCCCCCCCCCCCCCCCCCCCCCCCCCCCCCCCCCCCCCCCCCCCCCCCCCCCCCCCCCCCCCCCCCCCCCCCCCCCCCCCCCCCCCCCCCCCCCCCCCCCCCCCCCCCCCCCCCCCCCCCCCCCCCCCCCCCCCGCGGGCCCCCGCCCCCUCCUCCCCCCUCGGACCCCUCCUCGGCCAAGCCCAAGUCGUCCCUGCCCGCGGUCAGCGAUGCCAGGAGCGAUCUGCUGUCGGCCAUUCGGCAAGGCUUCCAGCUGCGCCGGGUGGAGGAGCAGCGGGAGCAGGAGAAGCGGGACGUGGUGGGCAACGACGUGGCCACCAUCCUGUCGCGCCGCAUCGCCGUGGAGUACAGCGACUCCGAGGACGACUCCUCCGAGUUCGACGAGGACGAGUGGUCGGAUUAGCCGCUCCCAGCCCUCCUCCCCUGCUCUCCCGGGCUCGCUUCUCACAGAAUCAGGUGGCCCAGCCUCGCACCACAUCCUUCUCAUCCUCUAACCAAAGAUGUGCCAAGGGUUUUUCAGACAACCAGCAGCAAAUCUCCCCUGUGCCUCCCCUCCGGCUUUGGCAGGAAUCCGUGCUCUGCCUUUCCAAAAGGUCUCCUCACGGACAUGAGGAUGCAGAGUUGGGAUUUAGCUGGAGGGGCUGUAACGGUUGCUUACUUAAAAGAGAGCUAAACCUCCAGAUUUUUGAUGCCACCAGGCAGAGCACACAUAAACCCUCCAUCCUGAGGGAUUUUUAAAAUAAAGAUGGAUGAUCCUGUUGUGGCCGUGUGGCCUUUUGGAUGAAGGACAUUUUCAGCUGGUUUUCUCAGUGCAACAGCAGACAGUUGAUCUGAUGGCUCUUCCUUGCCAGUGAAUACUGGUAGUGCUGCAAGAAAAUGGGCUUUAAAUGUCAGUUCUCUGCUGCAUCCCACUGUCAAAUAAUCAGGUUUUUGGCAAUAGUGCACAGUUCUUUCCCCCCUGACCCCUGAGUAUUAAUUCCAGAUCACCCUGUGUGGGGUGCACUUCCCAGCUCCCAGGCUGCUGAGUGCCUUGGGUGCAGUGUAAGGAGGGACUUUUUUAUUUUUAGAAGCUGCCUUUACCUUCCUCAAAUCUCCUGGACUGCUUUGCCAAGAGGAGACUUGCACAGAGGGAUGUAAAACCAGGGCAGGGUGCUUGCUCAGCUCCACUCCUGGGAGAGCAGAGACACUGCCCCACUGAGACACAUCUGAGGUCAGCUCUGAGCAGGGGCCAGACUUCGCCAGGCUGAUUUUCUCCAAUUCAUGCUGAGACUGUGUUUUAAAAUUCCAAAUCAGUGCCUGAGACAGAGAGAGAUGGGUGGGGAGGGGUCCCUGGACACCAGGCACUGUGGUGGUCUUUGGCCCUGCCAGGGCAGUUUGAAAGGUGCUUUUUUUAGUGGGGUGACUUUAACACAGGGACUUCAAUGCUGGUAUUGCCUUUGCUUCUUCUCCCUUUCCCCUGGGGAGGGGAGUUUGUGUGCCUAAAAACAUGGUGUGUGUGAACUGAGUUGCCCAUCAGUUACAUCAGACCUAACCUACCCUAAUUUUGUUGUUAUAAUUCAUUAGUUAAUUUUAAGAGAACGUUUUUUCUCCUCACUAACCCUGUGAACUAAUUCCCAGGCUGCUCACUAUAGAUCCAGUACUGGCAGGGGAAAAUGGGGAAUUUGAACUAGCUGACCUCAGUUUUAUUGCUGUUUUAUGUUACCUUACAUAGAAUAUGAGCAUAUCGUGGAAAUCUAACCCAGAUACCCUGAUGUGUAUUUUAAUUUGGACAUGACUCAGUAAGGGUCAUGCAAAAAGCAAUUCCAAAGCCUUUUUGAGGUUAUGGGUCCAGCUGUUGUGGGAUGUGAGUCCCACUAAGACCAACUCUCCCAUCUUUCUCCCUUUCCUAAAGUAUUUCACCAGCCUGUGCCUGUCCCUGUUCCCUGCCUCGCCUCCUUUAAUGAUGUUGCUGUACCUGGGACGCUGGGCCCUGCCCGAGGCCUGCUGGAAAUCCUGCUUGGGAGUUGAUUGAUGGCUUCAGCUUGUGCCAUGAGCUCUUACUGACUCCUUUUGUGUGUGUGUUAAUCCUGCCCGGGGCAGGGCUGGCCUGGAGGAUGGGCUGGGGGCAGUGAGACCCCAGAGCUCCCUGGUGGGUUGUGCCUGCAGGCAGGACGCAGAGGGCGUGGGCAGCCAGGCAUCCCCCUGGGCUGGGAACAUCUGAGCAGCUCUUUGCCGGGCUCUGGAGGGGGAACAAACCCCUGGAGUGCUGUGGAGAGACUUGGAAAUGCAAGGGGAUGGUUGCUGAGAGCUGGGUGAGGGGAUGAGAGAGUCACUGCCUCGUGCUGCUGCUCUGAGAGACAAGUUCUGGGAAAAACGGGCCCUGAGCUAAGCCAGGCUGACAGCAGGAUCCCACAGGGAGGCAAGGAGCCCACAGCUGCCAGAGCUGGCUGCAUCUAAGGUUGCCUUGACUAGGCUCAGCCCUGGCGGGAGAGGAGAGCGGGUGUGCUGUGGGAGCAGUGCCGUGUUUGUUGUGAGCCCACGGGCGUGUGUCAGGCCCGGGGCUGGGGCACAGCCCUCUCUGCCUGUUGCACAAGGGUGCUGCCGUGCGGGCAGCCGUGGGUGGAGGUGCUGCUCCGGCCCCCAGGCAGCAGCAGGGACGCUGGGAACACCCUCUGCUCCCAAAGCCCAUCCCAGGGCGGGAUCCGGAGCCGCAGCAUCCUGAGCGCAAGGGUUGUGGACAGGUAGGGGAGGAUGGUUGUUGGAGUGUUUUUUAUAUCUCCUCUGAUUCCUGCUUUUUCUUUUCUUUUUUUUUCCCCCCUAAAUCUUUGAUUGCCAAGCAGGCUUAGCCUGUGUGGGGAUCCCUGAGAGACAGCUGCUCUAGAGAGGGACCAUCUCUGAGUGUGGUUGCAAAAUCGCAGAGCUCUGGGCCACCAAGUGAGCUCAAUGUUUUUGAAAGCAGCAGGGGAGGAGGAGAGGUGCCAAAAUCAACCUUUGCAAGGCAGAGCAGCUGUGCUGAGAGCGCAGGGCUGCCCCACCACCUCUGCCCUCGCGUCGUGGGCUCUUACUGCUUCCCUUCUGUGGGGCUGGGGCG